AUGGUGGUGGCACGGUUUCAAAUCCCGGGCGCAAUCGACAUCGGUCCGGGCAAAUUCAAGCUGGGUUUGCACGUGAUCGAGGACGACGCGAUCUUCGAGCACCUCACUUCCACCGUCCGCACUCUCUAUGACAAAGCGCUUCUCCAGAUGCCCGACGACCCAUCAUCAGCCUGGACGGUCACCAAGCACCGCCUCUUACCCAAGCUGCAGGCUCUCGCCCGGACACUCGCUCGCUUCCGACGCGGGGGAUCGGAGUGAUUCGGAGAAGAUCGGAGAGCGAAAGGGGAGCACUAGCGCUACGGCGUGCGGUCCCUCUUCCAUCUUUAUCCGCCUGCGCAAAGUGCGUGCUUCCGACCUCGUCCCUUCGCUUACGGUCAGCGAUCUUGUCCACGCCGACCCCGACUCGAUGCUUGGAGCGGCCAGCGACUACCUCCAACGGGUCUACGAGGACCGCCCCAUCGAUGACGCGGCCCUCAAGGAGAUCAUCGAUGGCCUUGCUUCGACUCGCCUCACCCCAGCGGACUCACACAAGCUCGAGGAAACGUAUCCACUGGAGGAGAUGACAAAGGCUCAAGAGGCGUGUAAGUCGAACUCGUCGCCAGGGCCUGACGGCCUCCCAGUCGAGUUCUACCGCGCGACGUGGACGGCCACGGGCCCCAUCCUCCGAGACGUCAUCAACUCGAUCCCCACCGAGGGUCUUCGGCCUGGACCGUCUGCCCGCAACAUCGCCCACAUCAACUUCAUCCACAAAAGCGGCGAAAGGGAUCAGCUGUCGAACAAACGCUCCAUAUCGCUCAUCAACGCAGACGAGCGCAUCAUCUCUCAAGCGCAUAAUCAGCGCCUCGCUCCCUUGCUCGAGUCCUUGAUCGGCCCAACCCAACGUGGCUUUGUUCCGAACCGUUGGAUCGGCACGAACAUCGCCGAGGUCCAGUGUCUCAUGGACCCUGGACUUCCGGGCUCAACACCCGUGUCCGGCAUGCUAGCGGUGAUGGACUUUGAAAAGGCUUACGAUCGUCUUUCCCACACGUACCUUGAUGCAGUCCUCUGCGCCGUUGGCCUCGGCCCCAAAGCCCGCCAAUGGUACCGAGCGACCUACUAAAACCAAUCCGCCUCGAAUUUCUCAACGGGUGGCUCUCUACCGCUUUCGACGUCCUUUCGGGUGUCCGGCAAGGCGAUCCCUUGGCUCCGUCUCUUUUCGUUCUGGCAAUCGAGGGUUUCGCCUGUCAGAUCCGAUCGAGAGUCAAAGGAAUCGAGAGCCCGGGCCUUCAAACGAUUCGAGAACUCCUCUUCGCCGACGACGCUUGCUGCGCGCUCCGUGACCUCUCGGACCUCGACCAUCUCAAUCGGGCCAUCGGGCUAUACGAACGGGCAAGUGCCAGCAAGCUCAGCAACACCAAGCCCUUCCUCUAUCCCCUCGGAUCGUUUAGGGAUCGGCCGAUCGCUCCAGGUCUUGGGACCUGGCGUCUCCGCGACUCGCAGUUUCGCUACCUUGGUAUUCAGGUCGGGGUGGACAUUGCCGAGGAUGCGGGGUGGGAUGGGGUCAAAGCCGCGACAAUCGCUCGAAUACGCUCUAUCCCCCCGACUAAAUGCUCAAUCAUCAACAUCUACUGCUACACGAAGAUCCUCUACUACAAUCGGUUCAUCCCGGCUCCCACGAGCGUCGUCAAGGAAAUCGAGGAUGCGGCCAUGCUCGCCAUUCACGGUCAUGGCUCGGAUGGGACUCAGCGGAAUCCGCAGGUCUCUCGGUUGCGCCUCUACACCCCUCUCGACCACGGCGGCUUUGGUUUGAUCGAUCUGACUCGGCGCCUGGCAAUCGAUCACGCCAAGUGGGUCUUCCAGCUCCGUGACCCGAACGGAUGCCUCACACGCCACCUCUUCGACAUACGCAUUCGCCUCCAGGCAGCGAACCAGCCUAACCCUUUCACCUUGUCCAGACCGGCCCCCAACAAGCAUCGUCGUCCUUGAAUCUGGAUCUGGUGGGCAUACUUCUGCCAUCCUCCUCCAAAGUGGGGCCAUGCGGUGAGAAAGACGAGGAAACUUCUUCCUCCUCGUUGGGUCCGCUAUUUCGAAGCCUGGGCGUCGGUGACAUCGCUCAAUCCCCCCGAACUGUCCAAGAGCCACAACCUCGAGCGAUGGGCAACGCACGUGCUCUUCUUCCCAGCAGGCGGAAUUCAACUCUCGGUGAACCCGACGCUGUUUCGAGGUCCCGAUGGCGAGGUGAUGACGCCGUCAAGUUCGUUCGUCAACGCGUCCAAGCGCCACCACGCCUUCCUCUACCCUCCCAUCCUCCCCAAGCGACACCAGGAGGUCUUCACUCUGCCGGAGCAACGAUGGAACGCAUGGUGGAAGGCCUUACGCAAGCUUCGCAGGGUUCACUCGGACGCCGAAGAUACCGUGCACCUCUCUCUGGGAUCCCUCCAUCCAGGUCGCCAACUCGCAUCCUCGACCAGCCCCCACUCCAACAAUCGAUCCUCCUCCUGUGUGAUGUGCCUCUCGGAAGCGCCCGAGUGCCUGGUCCCCCUCGCGGUGGGCUGCCCUUUUGCCCAUCGUCUCUGGUCUGCUCUGUCCCCGACUCCACACCCCGUCUUCGUGGACUUCGUGUGUCCAGCCGUGUCUCGCUCGGAACGUCGACUUUGUCGAACUACGAGUCCUCUUCUUCCACUCGAUCUGGAAGCUCUGUCGGAAUUCGAGGAGCUUCGAGCGUCUAUUCAGGAGUCCAAGGGUCGCCUUGUGUCUCUGUAA